AUAACAAUCAUUUCAUAUAAACCAAAACCCUAACAGCCCGCGACUAUAAAUAACAUAAAUUGCUUCUCAGUCAAUUUUUCCAUCGCCGCCGCACUGCUCUCUCCGUUUUAGAUUCUUCUCCCGCUCAGAUCGAAUUUUCCAAGCUAAAAAUCAUGCAGAACGAGGAAGGAGUCGUCACUGAGCUUUACAUUCCGAGGAAAUGCUCGGCGACAAACAGAUUGAUCACCUCAAAGGAUCACGCCUCUGUUCAGCUUAACAUUGGUCAUCUUGACGCCGACGGUAUCUACACUGGCCAGUUCACCACUCUUGCUCUUUGCGGAUUCGUCCGUGCUCAGGGAGACGCAGACAGUGGCGUCGACAGGCUCUGGCAGAAGAAUAAAGUCGAAACCAAACAACAGUGAGAUAGAUAGAGACAUAGAAUCUAUAAGCUGUUGCUACUUGUUGUUUUUGCCAUGUUUCAUUAUUGAGUUUUCUCUUUCUGCGAACUCGUAUCUUUGUUUUCUGAUUUAUGAAAAAUAAUUACGUUUUGGUGGCAUUUGAAUCA